AGAUGGCGGCUUUCCCCAGUCAAGAGCAUCGGCUCUUGAAAAAACCACGACUGGGUCCGCCAGAUGUUUAUCCCCAAGAUCCAAAGCAAAAGGAGGAUGAACUCACGGCUACAAAUGUCAAGCAAGGGUUCAAUAAUUCGCUUGUCAUCAGCGAUGAGUAUGGAUCUGCCAGGACUUGAAACAUAAGCCAAGAGAGGGUAAACUCAUUUAAUCUUCUUAUUAAUUGUUUGGUGCCUCUUCACAGCCGUAAUGCCAAGAAAACUGAACUGAACACAUGCCAGGACACUGGAAAGAAGAAGCAGCAGUUGAAUAAAGACAACUUCUGGCCAGCUGCCCGUUCUCGUCCUGCGAUGGAGGCCUGGUUUAAAGACCUUGGAGGCAGCAAACCUUUGUCACAACUGGGCAAAAAGGUCCCUCUGUUUCCCAAGAAGGAGGAGAUUUUCACCACUCUAUGUGAGUUUUCAAUUCCUGUGGUAAAGGCUGCCUGGUUCAUCAAGCUGACUGCUGCCUACAAUGUGGCUCUACAGGAAAAUAAGGCCAGGAAAAAACAGAUUGUUGACCAGUCUGUGGACUGGACCCUGGCCAUCACAAAGUUCAUGAAGGAUCAACUCAACAAGGUACAGGAGCAUUACAGCGGAGUAGGAGGACAACAGACCAGCUUCCUCACUGCCUCCCAACCCCCCUCCCAGCUGGAAAUGAACCUGGCCCUCAAGCAGUGGCACUAUUGCUGUAGACUGGCCAGACACAUGUAUGAGGAGGGUCUGCUGGACAGACAAGACUUUCUCAGUUGGCUUGUGGAACAGUUUGUGGAGAAGCUACAGAGCACAGAUGACACAGUCCUCAAACUGGUGCUCGAUCAGAUUGUCCGAAAUCUGGAUGAGUUUACAUUGAAUCAGUUAUUGUCACGGCGACUGGCAUAUUACUGCGCCAAGAAGCUUGCCCAACUGUGUAGUGAGUCAGGAUGUAGUUCCCCAAGAACUCAGUCCCCGAUGCUAAACUCCAAUGGAAAUUUGGCAACAGAUAACACCAAUCAAAUCGCGCACAAUCCUGUAGCCUUGGUGUUCUCAGAGUACAACAGUUGCCUGCAGCAUCGUGGCGUUGUUCUGGGCCUCAGCGCCGCACUACAGACCAUAACCCUUAAGUGUCCAUGCGCCAUGGCCUGGAACAAUCUCGGAGAAACCCCUGGUGCUAAAAAUAACCUAUUGUUGUGUGGGUCGCCGCUGGAUCUCCUACCUUGUGCUCCUUCUAGUCUACCCAUGCCCCCAGGGCCACAGAACCAACAGAUACGGCAGCAGAUCCGAGCGGCAGAGCACCAGAUAAAACUGAGAGGGCGAGCCGCAGAAGUCAGGUGGUCUUCUGAUAAAUGUCAACAGUCUACCACAGGCUUUACCAUCAGCCGUAUACUAACUGUGCUGGACAUCCUGGACCGUCAUAACUUUGAGCGUGUGGACCCGUCUUCAACCCUUGACUCUCUCUACAACAAAAUCUUCGCCAGCCAACAAACCAAAGACAACAGUAACGAGCCUCCUAUUGGAGAUGAACCAAUCAUAAACCUUCUCAUUGACUGGGCGGUGAGCAUUCAUCGACACGGACACCACAGAGCACUGGUGGUUGCUAAGCUGUUGGAGAGACGACAAAGUGAACUGCGCAGUGAGAAAUUCAAUGAUACUGAGGUGUUGGACGAGAAAGAAUCCAUGGGAUCAGAAGCUAUGGCAGCCACUGGGUUACCUCCCUUCCAGAACCUCUUCAUACAGUUUUUAGAUGAGCGGGCACCUGUUUUAGAUGACAGUUGGGGAGAAAACAAACAAGCCUUCGCCAAUUUGAUUCACCUUUUCUGUGAGUUAAUCAGGAACGAUGUCUUUUCCCACGAUGCCUACAUGUGUACGCUGAUAGCUCGUGGCGACCUGACCUCCACUGCUGCCAUGGUUACGCCCUUUGCGGACAGCGUGGACUUGUGCAGUGUGAAGAGUGAAGGAAUCAAGAUGGAAGUAAUGCCUCAGGAUGACAUUAAGACAGACAUGGAUAUCCACAGUUCACUAGACAUGAUUUCUGAUUGGUCAAGUUUGUUUGAAGAGAAAGAUGGGCAGAAAACCAGCCCGGAACAGCCUGCCUCUGUAAAAUCGGUGAAGUCUGAGAAGGAACAGGGUGGAGUUCAUUACAGUGGUAUUAUGCAAGAACCCGCCCCUCCUCCCCCCAAAGGGCCAUCCCGUCACCUCCAGUAUGCCACACACUUUCCCAUACCACAAGACGAUGCAUCGUACCACGAAUGUAACCAGCGCAUGGUUGUCCUCUACGGCGUUGGGAAAACGCGCGAUGACGCAAAACAUGUCUCAAAGAAAAUCACAAAAGAAAUCCUGAAGCUUUUCAGUAAGAAAAACUGUAUCGACAUCAGUAGCGGUGCCAUCGGGAAGGAGAAGAAGAAGAAGGACAAAGAUACUGACACAGCCACAAAUCUCGAAGCGACGUUCAAUAAGUUUCAGAAACUGUCAUACUACGACCAACACGCAGUCACAUCGCAGUGUGCGGCCACAGUACUGGAGCAAAUCAACACCUUCAUGACAGCUACCCCCGGUUAUCUCCCCCUAGUUGAUAAUGUGUCCUAUUUAUUUGAUCUCAUGGAGUACUCGUUAAAUAUUAAUGGGGUCAUCGAAUUCUGCAUUCAGUUGCUCAAGGAGUUGAUACAAGUAGAAGUGCAGUUGACAAACAAGAAUUCGGCACUGGCGGGGAACUACUGCACGUCCCUGUGUAUGUGUAUCGUGGCUUUGUUCAGGAAAUACCACUCGUAUCUGGCGGUUAGUCAGGAGUGGGCGGUACAGGCCUUUGAGAACCUGAUAAAGGUGGUAAGACAUGUAUCCAAUCCUACAGACUGUAGCUCAGCGGAACGGUGUAUACUGGCCUACCUGUACGAUGUCUACACAGCCUGUAGCUACAUCAAGUCCAAGUUUGCCGAUGUGUUCAGUAAUGCUUACACCACGAUGAACAACCGCCUUUGUGCUCCAACACAGCCAUCCUCCUCCAACUUGUUGUGGGAACCUUCCUUUAUGAUUGAUAUCAUCAACAGUGCCAGACCUCAGCCAGAUCCCCAGAGUGUGCGUCAGCUGAACGAAAUGUCAGCGAAUCGCUACAGCUUUGUCUGCAAUGCCAUGCUUCAGAUUUGUGGAUCUCAAGGGGCUGACAGGCUGAAUGACAUCUCUAUACUGUGUGCGGAGCUGACAGCCAAAUGUAAUGCGCUUAGUUCCGAAUGGCUGGGAGUUCUACGUGCUCUCUGUGGCUCAUCGAAUCACAGCUGUGGGUUUAUUGAUGUCCUCACUCAGAUUGAUGUGGGUGACUUGUCAAUCCAUGACUCUCUAGCUGUCUUCACGUCUAUCCUCAUCGCUCGCCACUGCUUCUCACUCCAGGACUUUGUCGGCCAUGUUGCUCUCCCAUCCCUCAUGGCGGCCUGUCCCUCGACUGGAGGAGAUCAGGAUGCAGAGUCGGGCGCGAGGCUGACCUGUCAUCUAUUACUACACCUCUUUAAGACCUCACCGGUCACCUUCUCCCCGACAAGUCUUCAGGGAAGAAACACGUGUAAUGUGCGGGCAUCGUGUGAUCGCAAUCUGCUGACAGCAGCUCACGCCAGCAUCACCGUGGGUGCUGUGCUGGCCGUGCUCAAAGCUAUGUUAGUUCUGGGUAAGUUAUGUGAUUCAUGUGGGGAGGAGGAAGUAGACAAAUCUGCCAGCAGUACCAGCAGGACAGGCAAUCAGCAGCAGGACUUGUUCAGUACGCUGUUCAAGAGUUUUGAGGAAAACUUGGAGCCGACCAGUAGAGGUAGUAAUGGUGGUAUGGAGACGGCCGGACUGAGCGAGUACGCCAAGUACACACUGAAGGAGAUUCGUAGUCAAGAAUGGGUCAGAGAGAAGUUCCUCAAGGAUCCCGAGGGGCUGUUCAACCAAGAGCUUCUACUGGACUCCAUGUUGUCUCCAAAACAGGCUCAGCGACUGUUACAGAUGUUAUGUUAUCCGAAUGGGAUACCGAACCAGGUAGAAGGCAGCGAGCCCGACAAUAAACAGGUCAUACAGAGAAUACUGCAGACACUUGACCGCUGGUCACUUAGAUUGUCUCUGCUGGAACUCCAGCUAAUGUUCAAACAGUCAGCAUCUCAAUCGGACACUUUGCUGGACAACAUUGCCCGUGGCACGAUAGACUUGUUCCAGCAGCAGACGGAGAAUCGUGGUUCAUCCAACAGACCCGGAUCACCGUCCAUGAAUGGCGAUGGUGACAAAGAGGAUGUGUGGCUGGUAGCACCACUGAUCUCCAAACUGGCCAGUGGGGCACAAGGAAGAGUACUCAAGCUGGCAGGCCAGGUGUUAGAGAGUAGCAAUAAUCUCUUCCUCUCCUCCAAGGGAAAGAUGGACAGAGAGAAGACGCAGAAGAGUAAGUCGUUACUGAGCCACCAGCCUUUCCUGUCCCUAGUGCUGACAUGUCUGAAGGGUCAAGAUGAACAGAGAGAAGGGCUGCUGAACUCUCUGGAUUCCCAGUUAUACAGGUUCAUCAAUAACACCAAGGAAAUACUGGACAAAAGCCCUGACGAGGGUAAAAUCCGUCAGAAUCUUCAUGAAGCUCUGCAAUUAAGGCUGAGUUUGGUUGGGGGAAUGUUUGACACUAUACAGCGAAACAACACGUUGACGUCUGAUUGGGCGAUGAUUCUCCUCCAGCUUAUCAGUUACGGCGUGGUAGACAUGCAGACAAACAAUGAGUUGUUCACAACAGUCCUGGACAUGCUGUCUGUCCUCAUUCUGAGCUCUCAGGUGGUGGAGGUAGAAAAGGGAGAGGACAACAAGAAGGCCUACAGCAACCUCAUCAAGAAACUCAAGAAAGAGUUGGUAAACAAGCACACAGAGGCCACGGAUCAGAUCCGACAACUGUUACCCCUCCCCCAGAGGUCAUAUGAGGUCAUCACUUGCGAACCUCAUGGGACGCUGGUAGAUACGAAAGGCAACAAGAUUGCAGGCUUUGACUCCAUCUGCAAGAAACAGGGCCAUCAAGUGGCAUCUAAAGUGAAGAUCAGUGCUUGGGAUGUCAUCGAGGGCUACAAGAACCCUGCUCCCUUGUCCUGGACGCACUUUGGGGCAGUGAAACUAGAGAGGAAGCCCCUGAAGUAUGAGGAACAGUUCAGGAUGCUCUUAUACCACACCCACUCCAUGAGGCAACCAACCAGUUACUACCUGGAACCUCCACCACUUCCCCCAGAAGAUUUGGAGCCGGUCCAAGAAAAGGUCGUCACCAUGGAAGAGAAACCUCAGGAGGUUCAAGAAACUCAGAAAGACGACACAGGAAAGAAAACAAAGCGUCGCAGACGACAGACUCGGCCAUCUGCUACUACUAGUCCAUAUGUGCAGUCUAACCCUGUUCGUAACAUGCCUGACCCUAUGUACCAGCCUAACCACCACCCAAGCUGGUUCCCACCCCAGCAGCAACAACCGUACAGCUACCCACAGCAGCCCGGACCAGGUCCGAAGGCGGUCCUGCACACGAUGCUGCGGGCGCGUCAGCCGCCGCAGAACUUCAGCCAGCCUCCGCACAUGAUGCACUCACAACUGAUGAUGCGAAAGCACCAGAUGAUCCGCCAGCAGCUGCGCACGCACCAGCAGAACAACAUGCAGUCACGGGUGAUGAUAGAUAACCCAGCUGCCAUGCCCCAGGCGUACCCACCUUACAGUAACAUGCCACAACAACAACAACAGCCGCAGCCCAUGAUGGAGCCCACCCACACGAACAUGAUGUCCCAGCCAAUGGGCCAGACGUACCAGACGACAGGCUCUACCAUGAUGCCUCAGAUGAGACAACAAGGCGGUUACAUGGCCCAGCAACCGCCUCAGCAGCUCCAACCUCCUUACAACCCUCAGACCAGGGUGCAUCAGGGCAUGAGCGGCAAUAUGGCAGCAGCAUCUCAGGGAAUGUCCAACAUGCCAGGCUAUAACCAGAUGGUACCUCCACAACAGCCGCACAACUCCUACAACAUACAGGGCAUGGCAAUGCCCCAGCAGCGGCUGCGUCAACUGCAGCAGCAUCAGCAGCAGCAGCAACGCCAGCAGCAGAUGCAGACUCAGCAGCAGCAGACGCAGGCGCUGGUGGAGCAGCUAACCCGACAACUGUCCGGUAACCGACAGCAACAGCCCCACCCCCCUCCGCCUCCUCAGUACCAGCAACACACGGCAUACCAGCAGCAUCCACAGCACCCGCAGUACUGAGAAGGAGAGGAACAAGUGUGAAACGCAUUCCUAUGACUCAGUCCUAAUUUUAAUUCAUCAUCACAGUGGUUAGAUUUUGGCACUGGAACUUGGAAUUUUGACAGGUGUGUUGUGAAAUAGGCUAUGAGAAAUGAUAAUAAUUUCCAUGGCUGGGUACAAAAAAAUAACCUCUGGUAUUAGAAUUUAAAUUUUUCCCUUUUUGUCAGUGAGAAAAGGAUUGUGGAAUGAGAUAUGAACAAUCCCUAGUGAAUAAGCUGACAGAGUUAUGUCCUCCUUGGUAAGAUCUAGAAUAUUUAUUUCAGUACCAGAAACUUUCUCUGGCAACAUGCCAAAAUAUCAUUGAAGUGCAGAAACUUUUGAUUUAGGGUAUGUUUGCUUUACUCUUGUAAUUGGAAGAGUCCAUAUUGGAGAUCUGUGGCAAAACAUUGAUCUUAAGAGCACAUUUUUUAGAGUUGGGAACAUGAAUUAACUCUCUGAAAAAACAAAAGAGCUAGAAAAUGUUGUAUGUUAACAAUAUGCACAAGUUUCCCAUGACAUGACAUAUCGUUACAUUAUCAUUAAGGUGUAGUUUUGUGGACCUCUCGUUACUGAUCAAAAACUGUUACACUGGUAAUUUGGACAGUUGUUUCAUAUAUUAAUUAUUGGGGUUGAUUUAAGAAGGUUGUAUUGUUAUCUAAAAUGACCAAAAAAUGUCAUAAAGUGUAAAUUUUCUACACUCUAUAAUGUUGACAGACUUUGUUUUUUCCAAAUUCAACACUCUUGUGUUUCGGUUGAAAUGGCUUAACUCUGUAUAAAUUACUCUGUAUUUUUGGUAGAAUGGGCAAGAUGAUAUGAAUUAGAAUUGUGAAUUAAAUUUUAGGUGUCCGCCUUUUAGUUGAAAGUGAGAUAAUUUAUUUCAUUCAGGCUACUGAAAAACAUUUGUGAAUAAAGUAUAUUGUAUACUAUGAAUGAAUACUGUAUUUAUCAUUGCUAAAUGUCACACAAAGGUAUGUAGAAAAGUAAAUGUCACACAAAGGUAUGUAGAAAAGAAAUGAAAUGUUGCAUUAUGCUUGAUUAUUUUUGGUUUAAGUCAAAUUUUCAAUUUUACCCACAUUCAUAUGGUACACAAGUGUAAAAUGUAUAGGCCAAUCUUUUUAUUUGUAUAUAUUACUUCUCUCUUGAGAUACAAAGUUCACACAAGGCCUUGAAAAGUCUGAAAAAUCAGGGUUUUUGGCAGUUGAUCGAGGAAAACCGUGAAGUAAGUCGACAGAAUGAAGCUGUGCUAGUCUAUGUUGGAUGCUGACACUUUCUUGUGGACAUUUUUUUUCACAUCUGUGAAAUUGUGUAAUGGACUGCUGUGUACUGGUGCAUGUAUAUGUGAAAGACUGAAAGUUCGACUAAUUAAGAUCAUUUUACAAGGCUUGUAUACAUGCACCCUAUUUCCUUAACCUUUUCACAUAUGAAAGAGCAACUUUAAGUCCAGUUUAUACACAUUUUAGGUGAAUUUUGAUGAUGAAACUACUUUGGUUGAUUGGCCCAUUUCUAGGCUUCACAGAAGGUGUCAUUUUACCAUUCUACACAGAAUCAUGCCAUCAGAAUAGGCUUAUGUACAAAAUACUGGGACAUUGUAGACACUUUUGUCAGGAAUUUUCCACUAUAAUAUUGGCCGUGUUAUUUAUGUCUCUCUGUACAUGACUGGUCAUGCAUUUAUUUCUGUUGAUGUAAAUAUUCAGGGGGGAGACAACUCAUGCAUCUGUAUAUACCCCGUGUCAUCCAUAUUUGAGAAAAUUCUGCUCCUUGGCUACAGUGUAGUGUAAGUUGAAGAACUGUUAUAUGUAACAUCUCUGGUAUAAAUGGAAACUAUUAUUAGAUGAAAGAGGCAAGGGAUGUAACUCUGUACGAUAAUUGCAUGUACAUGUGUAAAGAUGUGAGAGAUUUUCAUUUCCCAUGCACUGACGCCGUAGUGAAAUUGGCUAGAAUACAGAUUCUCUUCAUAACAUUCAGUGCUGUUUCAUUCUGCCUUGUGUAAAAAGUAGUGUAGAUAUAGUUGUGCUUCAGUCAAACAAGCCAUCCGAGCCUUUAAAUUCCUAGAAGUUACAGUACUUUCACAAGUUAUUUCCCACUGAUGAUUCAUAGUGGAUUCUGGCAGAAUCUCAGACUGUCUCACAUUACCUUUGCUCCAGCUAACUGUCUGGUAGGUCUAUGUGUAUAUCCACAUGUAACAGUUUUAACUGCAACAACAUAACAGUAUUACCUGAUGUUGCUCCAAUCUCGUUAAAGUCAAAUGUGAUAGUAACUCACUAUCACUAACUCACUAACUCAUGUCAGUCUCUCUUCUCACGGGUCAUAUAACGUUCAAUGAAGACAGAAACUUGAGACUGGACAUCAGUUUAAAACACAAUUUGUAGUUGGUUUAAAAUUUGUAAGUUUUAAAAGUUCUAACACCAGACAGUUUCCUGGAUGCCAGGGAAUUAUGUUAGGCUAUUUGAGGUUUUGUAAGACUUACGUCGGUUACAAAAAUACAAAGCACAGCUGGAGGAAGCUGGUGAGACUGGAAUCGUUGCAGGAUGCAUCAGUUACAAAAGGUUGUUUACAGAAGUGUUAUUUACUACUGUUUUGUUGUAUAUGUUACGUGAAUGUAAAAAAACAACUAGAAUUACUACAAUUAUAC